CACAAAAUGACUUCCAUCAGGUCAAUUGCUGUUCUUUGCUUCGUGGUCUGUAUGUCUGCGAUUGAGUCACAAGGCCGUGUGGCCAGGAAGGACCUGGGUCUUGACCUUGGUGGCUUGGGAGUUGGCCUUGGUGUUGGCUUGGGCUUGGGCUUAGGCGGUGGAAGUGGAAGUGGAAGUGGCAGUGGAAGUGGCUCGGGUUCUGGUUCUGGGUCGUAUUCGUCGUCACAGUCGUCAAGCUCUAGCUAUGGAGGCUCCGGUGCAGGCUCAGAAGCUGGUUCCUAUGCUGGCUCUUACGCUGGGUCACGUGGAGGCUCGGAUUCGGGAAGGAAUUACAGGAAUGGUGGUUCGGGCUAUGGCGGUGGUGGUGGUGGCGGCCGCGGAGAGGGUUAUGGUGAAGGUCGUGGCUAUGGCGAGGGCUCCGGUAGAGAGGGUUAUGGGGAGGGUCGUGGCUAUGGCGAGGGACGUGGAUACGGCGAAGGGGGGAACAACUGAGACCAAAGAGUCAAAGACCAAAAUUAGGACAUCGAAUAAAAACCACAGCUACGGAUGGUAUUAGUAACUAUAAAUAGUUUAUGUCAUUAUGUAAGCAGCUUAUGAUUUUCUCUUGUCGUUCAAGUUCAAAUAAUUAGUAGAAGAAAAAUGGUGUAUUAUACUCCAAAGGAAUAAUAUCAUAUCAUUAUGAAACUUC